AUGUUGGUGCAGGGAGUGGCAGCGGCUUUGGAAAUUGUUAGUCAGCAAACAUUGCCAUGUAUGACCACGUUUAAUGACGUUGUCCCAACUCACUUACGGAACGUGGGGCUGCAUGCUGGUGUCAAGAAGUCGGUAGCCACCACGUUAAGCGCUUUGAAGGUCGUCGGCUCCGCUCUUAUCGUUCCAACACGCAUGGACAAAACUCAAAAGCGAUCCUCUUGGGAUUGUUGGCUACUUUCCGCACAGAAGAAGCGUAGUGAGCUUACUGCUCAACUUGGCUUGGAGAAGAGUCAAGUUUCCAAACUUGAGAGAAAACAUGGAGGAGCGCAACGACGUUAUGCAAAGGCUUUCAAGAAGUGUGAUGACACUUUGAUUAAGGUGGAGUGCAAGCGUCGUGAGGCUAAGCAUGAGGAGGAGAUUGUUCGCCUCUGCGAUGAGUUAGGUGUGGAGAAAGACGAAGCUGUGCGCGCGGCAAGGUCGGCGCCGUUACGGGUGGAAAUCGACGCCGUUGCAGGCGGAAUCGGGGAAAGAGACGCUGACGACUCUGCGCCGUUGUGGGCGGAAAUCGACUUCGUUGCGGCGGCGAUUGAUGGAUCUCGGGGUCUCUACGGAAUCGAACCACAUCUCCAGCGCAUCGUCUUCGUUUAA